AUUUAAUUAAUGAAAAGAAUCCUAAUUUGCUUGCUUUUCAUAUCUUUAAUAUCUUGCAGGGCAGUCAAUUAUCAUGAAGAAGAUAAAAAACAAGUUCCUGAUGCAACUAAAAAAGAUGAUACUAAAACAGAAUAACCUAAGAAAGAGGAACCUAAGUAGGCUGAACCUAAAAAAGAUGAUGCUAAAAAAGAAGAACCUAAGAAAGAGGAGCCGAAGAAAGAUGAUGCUAAGAAAGAAGAGCCAAAGAAAGAGGAGCCAAAAAAAGAGGAGCCAAAGAAAGAUGAUGCCAAAAAGGAAGAGCCAAAGAAAGAUGAGAAAAAAGAUGAUACCAAAAAGGAAGAGCCAAAGAAAGAAGAGCCUAAGAAAGAGGAGCCAAAGAAAGAUGAUGCCAAAAAGGAGGAUGCUAAGAAAGAAGAAAAGAAAGACGAUGCCAAAAAAGAGGAUGUUAAGAAGGAUGAAAAAAAAGAUGAAAAGAAAGAAGAGAAAAAAGAUGAAAAGAAAGAUGAAAAGAAAGAUGAGAAGAAAGAUGAGAAGAAAGAUGAUAAGAAAGAUGAUAAGAAAGAAAAGAAAGAUGAUAAAAAAGAUGAUAAGAAAGAAAAGAAGGAUGAUAAGAAAGAUGAGAAGAAAGAAAAGAAGGAUGAUAAGAAAGAUAAAAAAGACGAAAAGAAGGAUGAUAAGAAAGACAAAAAGGAAGACAAGAAAGAUAAGAAGGAAGAUAAGAAAGAUAAGAAGGAAGAUAAGAAAGAUAAAAAGGAAGAUAAGAAAGAUAAGAAGGAAGAUAAGAAAGAUAAAAAGGAAGAUAAGAAAGAUAAGAANAAUAAAAAGUUCAUCAUUUUCGUAUAAAGGAAUCAAUGUCAACUUCAAUAAAUUAUGAAAAAUCAUAAUAUGAAUUUGAAGGAAUUUAUACAGAAAAAGAAGAAAAUAUUUAAAAAGCUCCUGACCUCAAAAUUCACAUUACUAAAGAGAAUCUAGUACCUCAAAAUAUGACUAGUGAUUGUCCAUUUUCAACUAAUCCAUAUUUGACAGGAGUUGCUAAAU